AUGAUAGAACAGGAAUCAGAACAAAUAUUAAAAAAAGAUAGUAAUAAUAACUAUAUCGAUAAUAAUAAUAGCAAUAGUUACAGUAAUAAUAAUAUUAAUAAAAACCAUAAUAUAAAUUUUAAUAAUAUAAAAUUUAAAAACACAUUAGUAUUAAGAAAAGAUAUAAUUAGAGAUAGAUUUGAAAAUUAUUAUUUUCCAAAUCAGUUGGAGGGUUAUAUUGAUAAAUUGGAAUAUCAUAGUGCAAUUUCAAAUAUUAAUAGCUUUAAAUCAAAUUCAUUAAUAAAAUUCAACCUAUCAAUAUUUAUAUCAUCCUUAACAAUUGUUUCAUUCAUUAUUCAGUUAGUUUAUUUUAGUUUAAAAGACCCACUCUAUUUUAUUCAUUUUUGUGUUUUAUAUUUUUCUUUAAUAGUAUUAUUUUAUAUUAUAAUUAAAACAUUAACAUUCUAUAAAUUUAAAAGAUAUAUACACGAUAUAGAUAUAUUAUUUCUAGGAAUAAAUGAAACUUUCGAAAAGCAAUUCAGCAUCACAUUUGUACCUAUUUUUCAUAAAACAUUUAAGCUUUCAAUUGCUUCAAUAGUUUUAAGUAUAUUUAUUUCAAAUACCUGUGUAGAGUUAUCCCAAAUAGAGAUCCAAUAUCCAAGUAUUCCACAUAUAACAAAUUCUUCAAAAAGCAUGACAGCUUUAGAUAUCGAUGGGGCUAAUAGCAUAAUUGGUGGAAAUACUAGCUUUGAUAUUGUCGGUAACACAUCAUUAGCUAAUAGUCCUUUUACACAUUUAGUAUAA